AGACAACACUCUAAAAGUCGGAGCCUUUCGCUAGGGCAUGCCAGGAGCACAAUUGCGGACCUUGCAGGCAUGGAGUUUUCCACCGACAGGUUGCCCGAUUCAGGGAACUUCUCAAUUGGGCGCAAGGCAUGUUGCCAGCUGGUCUUGCCAGAGUCCUAUGCCUAUGUCAGCGGGGAACACUGUCGCUUGAAGUGUGUUGACAGUGCUGGAAGUUCGCUCCUGCUUGAAGAUCUUAGUGGGAAUGGGACUUUCAUAAAUGGAAAGAAGGUUGGGAGGGGAAAGACCCAACACAUAAGCAUUGGCGAUGAGAUCUCUUUGGCAAAGCCGACCCGGAAGGGUGGAGCCAUCAAAUUUCAUGUCGAGGCCAGUGAUGGGCUCACUCCAUCGGCGCCCACUUUGCCUGGCGCUCCUCCUUGUGUUUGGUUCUGAGAGGCUGAGAGGUCAGAACCACGCCACCUGCCACCCCUGCCCCUGCUUCGCUGGCCGCCGCUAUGGCGCGGGAUGCGAAGCAACGCCAGGAAGAUUGCCACAUCCUGGAGCAGCGAAUUAAUUCGGAGAAGGGCCGCUGCUCACGGCUGGAGGAGGAACUGAAGGAGGCCCAACGUCGUUUGCAGGAGCAGCAGGCAGAUGUGCAGAGAGCAACCCGACAGCGAGAGGUCCAAAGAGACUGCGAGGAGCUACGGGAAAGCCUAAGACGCGUGGCAGCAGAGUGCGAGCCGCUGGAGCGCGCUCAGCUGGCAGCAGCCGAGGCUGCCAAGCACGAUCGCCGUGAGUGUGCGCGGCUGCGGGCGGAGUUGCAGGAGGAGCAGCGCUGUGCCGAGCAUGCUGAGCAGGAGAAUCUACGGCUCCGAAGCGAGGUGCAGGAAGCCUCGGGUCGAACACUGGCCCUGGAAGCAGAGGUGAAACGAGAGGCAGAUUUCAAUGCAUCCCUGGAGGAGCAAGCAGCCGCUGCAUGCAAGGAGUGGUGCCUGUCAAGAGAAGCUGUGUCAGUGGCCAGGAGAAGGCUUGAGGAUCGCGGUGCAGCGCUGACAACGCUGCGUACUGCCAUGCGACAGUACCACCAGAAGGUCAGCGACCGACUGGCAGCCUUGGACCGUUGCUUGCAACCGGCAGUGCCCUCUGAAUCGCCGAGCCAGACGUUGGAGCGACGAAAAGAACGUGCAGUUGAUGGAGGUGCAGCCAAUGUGGGAAGCAUGGAAGACGAAACGCCCACACAGGACGCAGACGCUGCAGCUGGGGCAGCUGUGGCGAACGCUGAAAUCGCACCCGGUCUUAAUGGUGGAGAGACUCCGGAGGCAAAGCGCCUGAGAAGGUAAGCAGCGGGAAUGAGCUGGACUCCUUUCGGAUGAUGAAGGAGUUGCGACAAACGUUUUUGUAUAUCGUGUCAUUCCCGCGCCGUGUGCACGGCUUUGAGGUUCAGCAGGCGUGAUUCCUGCUGUUCUCUGACCUAGGUCCCAAGGGAGACAUUGACUUAACAGCCCAAUAUUUCUGACAGGCAGACUGCAUUGAACUAGUUUAGCGAAUGAUUUCUUUGUUUCUCAGUUUAUUAGUUUGUUUACCACUUCACAUUGAGCUUGAAUGAAGCUCUGAAUGUUAGCUGCGCCCCUC